AUGGCCGAUCUUUCCAAGAGAGCACUGUACCUGACUUUCCAUCUCAUCACUCUCUUGCUUCUUUUCUCCAUCUCUUCUGCCAAUCUUUUUGAUCAAGAGCUGAACGCGGCCAUGUCGACCCUCCGUUCCCACGGCUACACGCUCUUCCCCAACGCCAUUGUCACAUCUGAUCUCCGCCCCCGCCUUCUCUCCACCGAGAACGCCUCCUUCACCCUCUUCUCUCCGCCGGACUUCCUACUCUUCCCUCUCGACCUCUACUCCACUGCCCCUCACUACAUUACCUCCCUCGCCAGCCACGUGUCCCCUCUCCGCCUCUCCACCUCCGACCUUCGCCGCCUUCCUCUUUCGCACCUCCCGAAUCUGCUACUCCAUCGAUAUCUCUCAAUCGAGAAGAAUUAUACUCUUCCAAACGGCGCCGUCUUGGACUCGAUCACUCUGGGCGACGUUCGGAUCUCGCGCCAGGAUCUUUUUCUCGGGUCAAGAAUUGCAGUGCAUGGGCUGGGUGGGAUUCUUGAUUCUGACGCAGGGUCGGAUGCCGAUUAUUGGGUCGCUUUGUGGUUUGCGGCACCACCGACUUCAUAUGCCUUUCUUUCUCCGGCGAGUUUGCCUCCGGACUGA